AUGGCUGACAACGACAACUACUCCCAGGAUGGCGGCGAGUAUAGCACCGCUCGGCCCAACUUUCAUCUCGGACAGCAUGAUUCUACUCGAGAGGAGCCUCUUAAUGAUAUGCAGUAUGGGCAGGUUCUGAAUGCUGGUAUAACCUUUGUGACUAGCCCUGUGACGAACAAGAACUUCCAUUCCCGCGUAGUCGAGUUGGCCAAGGCCCACCUUGCCCUCGUCAAAGAGGCCGGUCCCCAUGCCCAGAGCCUGGCCGACCCCAUCAUCCCGCCUCUGACGCCCAUGGACACAGCUCUGUUCCCAAGCCCUGUCGUCAACACCUACAUCGCUUACACGAGCCCCUGGAUCGACUUGGCCUCCACUAAUCCUGUCAUCGCCAACAUUUCUCGUCAGGUCCUCAACCUUGAGGUUGCUACGCAACUUCUGUGGCGUCAGAAGGAACCCGGCCUCGAGGAGAAGAUCGAUACCCUUUCCGUCCUCUUGGGCGAAGAGAAGAAAGCGGCCCAAGCCAUUGAUGUGUACAGCACGUGGGACUCAUGGCACGUCAUUCGUACCAUCUGCGAAUACAGCCUGAGGUUGUUUGUUGCCUUGAGGAUCCCUAAGGUCUUGCCCGAGCGUGAAGUCCAGGAGAAGUGGUUUGCUGAGCCCUUACACUACCUGACCCUGAGGCCCGAGACUUUCAAGAAGAACGCGAGUGGUCACCCGGCCCUGCCCAAGACACACCAAGAUCUUUUGUUCUCUUACAUGCGCCUCAAGAAUGCGCCCUGGCUGCUUCUUGUAGACACCGGUCCAGAUCUGGCAACUCUCGAUGCCGAGGCGAGGCAGGCGGCGCAAGCGGACUUCCCUGCUCUCGGAGAAACGCCCCCCAAGGAGAGCGAGCCCAAAUCGUUCCGUGCUUACAUUGAGUACCUCAAGUGGCUCGAGUUUCAGCAGCCUCCCCUCAACUACCUCGAAAGGACAACCCUCACGAGCUUUCAGGAUUGGCUGCAAUCACCCCUUCAGCCACUUUCGGACAACCUUGAGUCGGCCACCUACGAGAUCUUCGAAGCCGUCGUCAUCGCCGUCGCCGGCUCCGGUCGUGGUCCCUUGGUCACUCGUGCACUCAAGGCUGCCAACGAGACGGGCGUCGCGGUCGAAGUCUGGGCUGUGGAGAAGAACCCCAAUGCCUACGUCUACCUGUUACGCCAGAAUGAACUUGUCUGGGGUGGCCGCGUGACCGUGGUGAAGACAGAUAUGCGCGCCUGGAAGGGCCCUCUCGUGUCCGGCACUCCCGACAACAACCCUGUCUACGGCAAGGUCGACAUCCUCGUCUCUGAGCUUCUCGGUUCCUUCGCCGAUAACGAACUCUCCCCGGAGUGCCUCGACGGAGUGCAGCACGUUCUCGCUCCCCACGGCAUCUCCAUCCCGGAGUCCUACACGGCCCAUAUGACCCCCGUCGCCCACCCGCGCAUUCACUCCGACCUCCUGACCCGUCUACCCACGGAUCCCAACGCCUUUGAAACGCCCUGGGUUGUUCGUCUUUUUGCCAUGGACUUUGCCGCGGCGGAGAAGGUCCCAGGUCACCCCCGCUUCCAGCAAGCCUGGGAGUUUGAGCACCCCCUUCCCGAAGCGACAAUGCAGCUGAUGGAAGCCCGCCGCGCAGGUGGCGUCAUGGGCGGCGGCGGAGGCAGCAUGGCUAGUGCCGCAGGCGCCAAUGACCACAACUCGCGCUUCUGCCACCUGACCUUUGUGUGCCGUACCAGGGGCGUGAUUCACGGACUGGCGGGCUACUUCGAAUCGGUGCUUUACGCGCCGCGCCUUGGCGACAAAGCCAAGGUCGAGAUCAGCACGCACCCAGACCAGAUUGAUCAGAAGAGCAAGGAUAUGAUCUCCUGGUUCCCGAUCUAUUUUCCCAUCAAGCAACCACUAUACUACCCUGCCGACACGGAGCUCGAGGUUAGCAUGUGGCGUCAGACCGAUGAUUCCAAGGUGUGGUACGAGUGGCUCAUCGAGGCCUACACCUGGGUGGGUGAGGGUCAGCGGAUCAAGGUUGGCAGCUCAGAGCUCACGAGCAGCCGCAAGGUUGCAUGCCUGAUGUGA